AUGACUUUGGUAGAAGGGAUUUUUGCUUUGGUUUUAAAUCUGUUUGUUAUUAUGACAACUUUAAGAAGCAGAGUUCUGCGAGAGUCUGUACCGCAUGUUCUUGUGGCUAAUAUUGCUGUAGGAGACCUUUUCAUCAGCAUUUAUAUGAUCAUUAUUGCCUGGACAAGACAAAUCAUGGAUGCUACUCAAUACUCUGCUUUCACACAGUACUGCAAAGUCGUUGGUCUUUUCUUCCUUGUUGGACAAAUUUCAAGCCCUUUAAUGUCGUUCAUAAUGACAUUAGAAAGGUACUUAGCUGUUGUAUACUGCAUGAGACCACACAUCAGAAUCACUAAGGGAAUGUGUUGUAUUGCCAUGGUAAUUGUCUGGGGUUUGUCAAUUUCACUGGCGGUCAGUUUCAUGAUUUCCCCGAAAUUCUCGAAUAAAACAGACAGCAUGUGCAUCCCGUUACAAAACACUAACAAUAUAGAUGUACUUAAAUAUGUUGGAGGUAUUGGAGUCGUGCUGUAUAUCCUUGCAAUGUCCUUAUAUGCUUAUUUGGAUUUGGAUUUCCGAAAGACUAACCAGAAGACCGUACAACUACAAAGAGAAAACCGCGUAGCACGUAGGAUUGCACUCAUUAUGUUCACUAAUGUUCUAUUUUUUAUUCUUCCUUUAGUCUUAAUUGUAAUUGUCACAAGUCUUAGGGACAACAUACUGUACGUCAAUGGAUCUCUCAAGGAUUCUGGUCUUCGAGUCUCGAUUUUCAAAACGAGUCUCGAUUUUCAAAACGUGUCUCGAUUUCCAUGA